AUGCAGGGAUUUGUUCCGGUCCCUCAAGGCGUUCAUGGGCCACCUCGCCGCGACUGGAACAACCAAGGCCGGUCACCACAGGCAUACGAAGGGCCCGAAUGGGGGAGAGACGGGCGGAGGUAUCCCGGGGGAACCCCUCCGUACAACGGCCCGGGGCCAGGAGGCCGCGGCGGUGGCCGUCCGAUCCUGGACAAAGCCGGAGGCAAAUUUCCUGGCGAUGGAGCUUUUCCCGCAGCCCCUGGCCAGCCUGGUCAGGUUCUGAGCCGGACCCAAGGACAGGGCCAGAUGCAGAGUCAAGGAGGGGAAGGUGUGGAUCAGCGUGCGGGUGGUCGCGUUGUGCCUGGCGGUCUUCGCCCUCAGGCAGCCGGAGCUUCAAUUGCAGGUGGUGCUGGAGUUGGGGUUGGUGCGGGCCCGCCUGGGGAGAAGGAGCGUGCCGUCGUCACGAGGCUGCAGCCCGGCUGGAAGACAGACACGAAUUCCCGCUCGCAUUUCUUCGAGCAGCGUCCCUUUCCCGACCGAGCUCUUUCCACGGGCAACAACAGCAGCAGCACCAGCAGCCAAGCAGGAUGGAGCAAGGACUCUACCGGACCCUCCCCCUCCGCCUUUCCGUCGUCCUCCUCCGCCUCCUCGUCCACCGGUCCCCCUGCCAGCCGGGCUUCUGACGCGAGCAGCAGCUGGAGAGCAGGCGGCGCAGGGGGAGCAGGCGCAGGCGGAGGCGGAGGCAGAGGUGGAGGGGGGGGAGGAAGCGGAGGAGGGGGGAAAGCUGACGGCGCCGCUGCUGGUUCUGGCGGUGAUUUCGGUCCUGGGACCAGACCGUACGGUGGUGCGUAUGGUGCUGCGCAUGCUGGUCCGCAGGGGGGAUCGUACGGUAGACCAUAUGGCGCUGCCAGUAACGCGUAUGGCCCGGAUAAGCCCAGCAGUGACGGUGCUCCGCCAGGGUUUGAGGGGCCUGUCCCAGGGUAUGGGCUUAGGAGCAGGUACCAGCCUGCGGGUAUGCUUGGCAGGGGCGAGAGAGGAGGGGGAAGCGGGGGCGGCAGGGGGUGGGAACGAGGUGGAGGAGAGAGGGGAGGAGGGUAUGGGCGGGGUUUGGGGGCGCGAGGAUUUGGGGGUGGUAUGGGGAGGGGAGGAGGUGGCGGUGAUGGCGGAUAUGCUCCUGGUGCUGCCCCCAGACAGAGGCCACGAGGAGAGGAUGACUCUGCACGCAAGCCGUACGUGCCGGGAGCGCCGCUGAUGUUCCCGUUCGUCACCCAAUCUUCUGAUGCGCCUGCCCUCUUUUACCCCAUCCCUUCUUCAUCCUUCUCUCCUCUCCUCCGUUUUCACCUCCCUCCUGCCUCCAUCGCCCCGCCUUCCAUCCAAGCAGAGGAGUUUGAGCAAUUCCGCAGGGCGCAGCACCAGAAGCAGGCAGGCGGGCCACAACCACCGGGACCCCACGCCCUCUUUCCCCUCACCUCCACCACCACCACAGCCGCUACAGCUGCUACAGCCGCCACAGGCGCAGGAGCCCCUCACGCGGCCCCUCACAGGGCGCCGCUGUCUCAGGCAGAGCUGCAGCGCAGGAGGCACGACGAGGACUCUCUCUGGGACUCCCCUGCCCUCUCAGCGGAGCAGCAGGGGCGUUCCGCGUAUCCAGACGACGCAGCAGCUGAGCAAGAGGACGAGUCAGAGCCCCUCGCAUCGCCCCGUGCCACAGAGGAUUCGGAUCUGGAUGUGAAGGAUGUGCAGUCAGGGGGGGCAUUGGCGGCAGGGCUGGCGCCGUCUGUGGCGGCGCUCAUGGGCCUGGCGCCCGCAGCUCCGCCUGGCUUUCCCGCUGCUGCUGCGCUGGGGAUGAAUGCACCCGCUGCUGCUGCUGCUGCUGCUGCUGCUGCUGCUCCUGCUCCUGCUGGUGCGCCUGGGGUGGGUAGGUCUGCAGGUGGCGGAGGGGGCGAGGGAGAGAAUCUGGUGGCGUGGCUGGGAGGGAUCAUGGCUGGAGCAGGCGCUGGUGCGGGUGCUGGUGCAGGCGCGGGUGUUGGUGACGGUGCUGGUGCUGGGGGAACGGUGGUGGCGCACUCUUUGAGUGGGCUUGCUCCUCCUGGGAUCCCACCUGCCUCUGCGUCUCUCUCACUGGAAGACGUUGAGAGGGAGUUGCAGCAGUCAGCGCGUCGGGAUGAACUCAAGGAUCAAUUCAAGGAUCAAUUCAAGGAUCAAUUCAAGGAUCAAUUCAAGGAUCAAUUCAAGGAUCAAUUCAAGGAAGACCGUGAGUGUGAGCCCAACACGCCCGCGGGCGUGCUUGUGUUGAGUGACGAGAGCGGUGGUGUUGGCAUGGGGAAGGGAGGAGGAGGGGAGGCAGGGCAGCGUCUCUCUGUGAGCGAUCUGUUUGCUGGGUCUGGGUCUGGGUUGCUGUUAGCAGGGGCUGAGAUCGCAGCAGGAAGAGGAGGAGGAGGAGGAGGGGACACGGUGGGUGGGUGGCUGGCAUUGUCUGGACGUGUAGCUCUUGCGUCAGACCUCGAGGCAGAUGCUGGGGUAGGCACAUCUGGGAUGGAUUCUGCUGCAGCUGUGAACGAUCCCGUUAAAGUCGAUGCCAUAGAUGCUUCUGCAGUGAGAGUGGUGGUAAAGGCCCCCAUGUCUCCCUCCCCCGCCCACCCUCCCAUUCCUGAAGGGUCUACCUCCCCCAGCUGGUCCCUGCCUCCAGAAUCAUCCCUCUUCGGUCCCUCCCCAGACAAGCAAACCAGAUUAUCCGCAGAAGUAGAAGCAGCAGCGUUUACAGAUGCCACAGUUGCAGCUGUUGCCCCUGACUUGCUGCUUGAUCCCUUGUCUUCUUCAGCUGCCGAAGCCACUUCUGCUCUUUCCAAGCUGCUUGCUGGCAGUGGCAGCGGCAGCACCACCAACAGCAGUAGUGGCCCAGGCACCGGCACGGGCAUAGGCAGCGGCGGCGCUGCUUUUCAGCAGCGCGGAAUCUGGGGAGGGAUGGGCUUUGGCGCGCUUUUGGCUGGGGGUGCAGCCGGCACCUCAGCGUUCUCUUCCGGUCAGGCCAGUCAAACCGGUCUUGACUGGUCGUCUGGGCCUCUUGGCUCCGCAACAGCAACGUGGGGGACAGUAGGGUCCGGGAAAGGGUUUAUGGAGGGUACGGCAGGGAGGGAGUGGGGCAGUGCGGAGGGUUCUGCAAGCAAGAGUGGGGGGAAAGAGAACGGGUUUGACUCGUCUUUGACGUCUGCUGCUGCCGCUGCUGCUGCUGCGGAGGCUGCUGCUGGUGCUGCUCUGCUGUGGGGCGAAGGGGCAGAGGUGAGGGGGACACCAGAGGCAUUAUUGGAGCUGAUGCGAGGGGAGAAGAAGGGGCAGCAGCAGGCAGGCGGCGGUGGUGCUGUGAUGGAUGAGAGCUCUCAGGAGGGGUUGUCUGGGUUUGUCGGGAAUGGUGUGGGAGUGGGAGGGGGAGGGAGGGAGGGCAAGGGCGGGAGUGGUGACUCAUCGAGUGGAAAUGGUGUGUCGCUUCUGACGCAGCUGUUCACGAAUCCCAAGAGCUAUGAAUCAAGCACAUUGGGAGAGGGGGAGACGCUGGGAGCGAGGCUGGCAAGCAUUCAGAGUACCCUGCACCAUGCCACAGUUGCGCAACAGCCGGGCACUCAGGCAUCCCUCCCCUCAGCACACGAUGCAGCAGAAAUCGAGUCACUCCUAGAGGCUCUCUCCCAGCAAGCUGCUCCGUCCGCUGCUGCAGCUGCAAGUGGCAGGGGAGCAAUCUCUUCAGCUGCUGCAGCUGCUCCCACCUCUACCUCUGUGGUAACCAGCGUUAAUACUAGUGACUGCAGCAACCGCGGUGGCAGCAGCGCUGGUGCAGGCUUUGGCAGUGGUUUUCAGAGCAGGAGCAUACCCCUCUCUACCCUCUUUUCUCCCGAUCAAGCCACACAUUCAGCGUCCGUGCCUAUGGCUUCUCAACCUACAAGCACAAGAGGCAGCAGCACCGGCAUUGACAGCACCACCGGUGGCAGCAGGCGCGGAAGGGCAGCAGCAGGGGUUUGGAACCAGGCCGGGCCAAUGCACUCGCAAGAAAUCCCACACGUGUACUCAGUGUCUGCUCCUCCGGAGCUUGGACCACCCUCCCGCUCGGCUGUCCCUCUGGUGCCUGUGCCACCCUCGUCAGGUCUGCCUGUACCUCUGCCCAUGCCUGUGGGUCCGAGUCUGGAAGACAUUGAGAGAGGGGGAGGCGGGACUGGUGGCGGUGCUGCUGGAAUCUCCCUGCCGUUUCCUUUCCCCUUGUCCUCCCAGGGUCCUCCAGACCAGCUCGUGGAAGCAGAGCAAGGGGCAGGAGGGGGCUUAGGAGGGAGGGCAGGGGUGGGAGGUGGGGGCGGGUCGCUGCCAUUCCCUUUCCCCUUGUCCUCCCAGGGUCCUCCAGACCAGCUCGUGGAAGCAGAGCAAGGGGCAGGAGCGGGCUUAGGAGGGAGGGCAGGGGUGGGAGGCGGAGGGGCGCCGCUGCCAGCGAUGCCGUCGGCAGUGCAGUGGCAGAGCCUGGAGGAAAUAGAGGCGUCACUGCUGCAGUCAGCAGAAGGGCAGGAGCAGAGGCAAGGGCAAGGGCAGGGGCAGGGGCGGGAUGAAUACGUGGAAGCUUCGAGCUCAGAAAACCCUCAUGCGCCUGGUUUGGGGCAGCUGUUGGUGCCUGGACUGCUGGCUGCUGGUGAAGGUACGGGUCAAGGGGGGAAUGGGUCUCGCAGUGGCGCGCCGGGAGGGGCCUCUGCUGCUUCUAUGCAUCUGCUGUCAUUGCUGACUGGCGGGGCACAGGUAGGAGCGGGAGGUGGGACUGCAGGUGGAGGAGGAGGAGGAGGAGGAGGAGGAGGGGAUGUUGGGGCAGAAGCAGCUGCAGGAGAGGCAGCUGAUGGUUUUGUUGCGAGUACUGGGGGUUCUGUGGUAGAGCGGGCACAGGAGGGCAAGAGCAGUGCGACUAGUGGUGGCGACUGUAGCAACGGCUAUGUGUGUGGGCAUGAGGGCGUGUCUGGCAAUGCAGAUUCAGAUGCAGAUGCUGGUGUCGAGUCUGUUAGUAGGAAGAAGGAAAGGGCAUCGCCUGUUGGUGCUCCUGCUUCAGCUAAGGAGGUGGCAGCAGUUGCUGCUGAUAAGCAGACAGCACCUGGCGCUGGUGAUAGCAGUGCAGCGUUUGUUGGUGAUAAGCAGAGUGCAGCAGGCGCUGUUAAGCAGAACGCCACAGGCUCUGGUGUAGAGCAGACAGGAGCAGGUGCUUCUGAGACUGCAAAUGCAGGUAGUAAGAGCGGGAAGGAGAAGGGUAAUAAGGAAGCAGGCAAAGAGGCGGGUCAACAGCCCUCGUGUGAGGAGAAAUUUGCUGUAGUAGCAAAGAGUUUGGCUGUAGCAGCAGAUUGGACAGUCGAUGGAGAUACCUCACCACCACCAGCAGCAGCAGCAACCGCCGCAGCAGCUACAGCAGCAGGAGUAGAAGGGCGAGGGGGGGCGGAAAGAGAUGGUAAAGGUUUGGUUGAUGCGGUGCAAGGGAGGAAGGAGAUGGCGAAGCAGGAGCCUCAGCAGCAGCAGGUGCAGAAGCCUGGUAUUGUGAAGCGGUUGUUUGGGUUCUUCCAAAGCUCCCCUGCGCCUCCUGCACCACCUGCUGCUGAUUCUUCUGCUGCUGCUGCUGGGGCUGAGGAGGAGCCGAAGCAUCCGGGGAAGGACACGUCUGUUGAGGAUAGCAAUGUGGAGAGGGAUGAAAAGGGAGAAGAGUUUGUUCUGGGACACGAGAGCGAUAGAAAGGAGGAGCAGGGGAAGGCUGCUGGUGAAGGGAACGCGUUGAGCAGCAGCAGUGAGGGUGUGGGUGAAAAGAAGGCAGUGGAGACUGACACUGGUGGGGUGCAGAGUGGUGCGGAGGCGGUACAGAUGGGUGGAGAGGAAGGGGGCUUUGGGGGGCAGAAAGAGCAGGAUGGAAUGGCAAGCGUGCAAGAUACAGGCAGCCAAGGAAAGCGAUCGGGCAAUCAUAACACAGAAGAGCAAAACGAGAAGCAGCAGCAGAUGCAGCAGCAGCGGGAACAGCAGCAGCAGCAGCAGCAGCAGCAGCAGCAGCAGCAGCAGCAGCAGCAGCAGCAGCAGCAGCAGCAGCAGCAGCAGCCUACCUCCCCUCCCUCGCUCCCAAUGCCGUUCCCAGUGCACCCAUCCAUGUCCCCUUCUCCACAGCCCCAUCCUCCCCUUAUGCAUUCUCUCCCGCACUUGAUGCACUCGCCGCAAUCCAUGAUGAUGCACCCAUUCUCGCAGCAGCCGCCUUUUACUGACAUGCUUCAGAAGGCAGGUGAUUCCCGCCCACAUGCUGUGCCUGGUAGUGCCCUACCGCCCUGGCUCCCUGUCGAGCCAGGACUCCCCCCUCCUCCUGGCAUGUACCCACAUGCCAUGCAUCUUCAUGCCAGAGGCCCAUUCGCAUUCCUGCCUCACCACUUAUCUCCGCACCCCCCCAACCACUCUUCCGCCUCCCCUUUCUCCUCCCCUCCCCCGUUCCCUGGCGCCCACCCCCCUGACCGCCCCCUUCUGCACUUCUUCCCCCCCCCUGGCAAUUCCCCCAGUCGCCUCCCCCAUGGCCCCCUUCCCCCUCACGAGUUCCCUCCUCACAGCAUGGGUUCUGCACCGCACUCCACCGCCCCUCACCCCUCUCCACUUCAUACGAUACACCCUUCCAUGCUGCCCCGUCCUGCAAGCCCCUCUCCCCCUCCCCACGCCUCUGCUCCCGCAGCACCCACUCAUCUCCCCAGUUAG